CAUACGUUGCCGAGGCAUGGGGCUCAGACGAGUACCAUCCUCUGAGCCACACAGGAUCCAAUCUCAGUAUCGAUGGAGGAAUGGGCUACACAAUCAUUGACACUCUCGAUACACUCAUCCUCUUUGGUGAGGAGUCAGAGUAUAAGCGCGCUAGGGAUUGGGUGCGGACCAAUUUGCACGGGGGUGCUGACAAGUGGGGCAAGAGGGGCAAAAUGAACGUCUUCGAGACAGUGAUACGAACGCUGGGCGGUCUUCUCUCCGCUUAUGCACUCUGCACAGAGCACCCAUCGAACAUCGAAGGUCUCACGUCAUCCUUUUACAGGAUCUGCGACCCCGGGGAUGCUCAGAUGUUCUUGGAAACUGCCGAGCAACUCUCCCACCAUCUGCGACCGGCAUUCGACACGCCGACUGGUAUCCCCAAGCGGGAAGUCGACUUCCACUCUGGCGAAGCAUUCGUCGACGUGGACAAUAAUGGGGCGUCGAGCUUAGCUGAAGCUACUACGGUCCAGAUGGAGUUCAAAUACCUCUCUCAUCUACUGCAGGAGAAGAGUCUAUGGACCUUGGCGGAACGGCCCAUGGCGGCCGUGCGUGAAGCUACGAGGACCGGGACUCAGGAUGGUCUAUUGCCGAUCUUCAUCAGUGCUGAGACUGGUCAAUUCUACCUUUCACCGGUCCGAUUGGGAUCUCGAGGUGACUCGUACUUCGAGUAUCUCAUCAAGCAGUACGUGCAAACGAACCGGUCAGAGGAGGUGUAUAGGGACAUGUUUGACCGCUCCAUGACUGGCGUCAAGAAGCACUUGGUCCAGAAGAGCACCUUCUCGGAUCCUCCUUUUCUUUUCACCUCUGAGAUCAUUCCAAGGGUAAUGGGCAAGGGUCAAGCGCCCGUCUUCAGACUGCUGCCUAAGCAGGACCACCUCGUCUGUUUCCUAGGCGGCGCCCUGAUGCUGGGCGCGCACGAGAUUGGGGCUCCCUACGCAGGCGCCCAGUCGGGUUCGAUGACCGUCUCUGCUGUUCAGCAGGAAGACUGGACUGUAGGACAUGAGAUUGUGCGAGGGUGUAUGACUACGUAUCAGGAGACUAGCACUGGUCUCGGUCCCGAAAUCGCCUUUUGGAGAGCUCCCAACGAUCCUCAGGGCAAGGAAGAAGAUUGGUAUAUCAAGCAGCCUGCGCCUGAAGUUGAGGGUAAGCCAGCUGCGCCCUUGAUCGAUGCGAGGAACAUCUUGCGGCCGGAAACAGUCGAGUCUCUAUUUGUUGGUUUCCAUCUUAGCGGUGACCCAAUUUAUCGCGAGUGGGGUUGGGAGAUCUUCCAGGCCUUUGAGAAGCAUUGCAAGCUGCCCAAUGGCGCGUAUGCGGGAAUCAAGGAUGUGGAUGCUGACCUGGACGCAAUAGAGCACGAAGACAAGAUGGUGAGUGAGCGAGCGAGCAGUAAUGCGGCGUAAUGUGGUGAUCCUCUUGCUAAUCUUUCUCAUGCUCGGAAUCACGUAAACCUGCCCUUGACAGGAGACCUUCUGGCUCAGUGAGACGCUCAAAUAUCUGUAUCUGCUCUUCGAUGAUCAGUCCACUUUGCCGCUCUCACAGUGGGUCCUCAACACCGAGGCUCAUCCAUUGCCCAUCUUUGCACCAACAGAGGCGACGUCCUUCAAGUAAGGUAAAAUGUGUGGGUGAUGGGCAUGAAAA